AUGAACUCUCCACCCUACGGCUCCAACGAAUUUUGCUAUUUGUCCCGGGCGUUGGUAUAGCACGACACAAUUUUGCCGGUCCAAGGUUUAAGCAUUUCGCUCAUCCCCACUCGCCAACGCGCCACAACACUCCACCUUCUUUGCCACCGCCUAUACGCACAGGGAAACAGAAAUGAUUACAGUGAGGAAAAUAGUGAAGAAGGCGACUUUGCUAGGAGAAAUGGGCUUUAACAAGGGAGGUGGGAACAUUAACUGGUUCCCAGGUCACAUGGCCGCCGCCACUCGUGCCAUAAGGGACCGCCUCAAACUCUCCGACCUCGUAAUCGAAGUCCGUGAUGCCCGAAUUCCAUUGUCAUCAGCAAAUGAAGACUUGCAACCUAUGCUUGCUGGGAAAAGGCGUGUCAUUGCUCUCAACAAGAAGGACUUGGCUAACCCUAACAUCAUGCAUAGAUGGAUUCACCAUUUUGAUUCACAUAAACAAGAUUGUCUUUCAAUCAAUGCACACAGCAAAAGUUCUGUUAAAAAGCUUCUUGAUCUUGUGGAGUUCAAAUUGAAGGAGGUAAUCUCAAGGGAGCCAACGCUCCUUGUCAUGGUUGUUGGUGUUCCCAAUGUUGGCAAGUCAGCCUUAAUCAAUUCUAUCCAUCAGACAGCGUCAGCUCGCUUUCCAGCGCAGGAGAAAAAAAAGCGGGCCACAGUGGGACCAUUACCUGGUGUUACUCAAGAUAUUGCUGGGUUCAAGAUUGCCCAUCAACCUAGCAUAUAUGUUUUGGACACUCCAGGGGUGUUGGUUCCAAGUAUACCUGACAUAGAAACUGGGCUGAAGCUAGCUUUAGCAGGGUCUGUGAAAGAUUCUGUCGUUGGUGAAGAGAGAAUUGCUCAAUAUUUAUUGGCAGUUUUGAACACCCGAGGCACUCCAAUCCAUUGGAAGCAUCUCACUAAUAGAGAAACUGAAAGUCUUCACCGUGAAUCUGAUGACAACCCCAAUUAUAAUCUCCAGAAUCUCCUACCGAAGUGGAGGAAGCCUCCCAGUAGUAAAUCCGAUGUGCAUUAUAUUGAGGAUAUCACUACUGAAGUCAAACGAGCACUAUGCACAACUCUCUUGGAAUUCAGUGGUAACUUGGAGGAUGAAGACGACCUAGGAUGCCUUAUAGACCAGCAGUUUGAAGCGUUACAAAAGGCAUUAAAGAUCCCUCACAAAGCAUCAGAAGCUCGUACCAUUGUGUCGAAGAAGUUCCUCACUUUGUUUAGGACAGGCAAACUUGGUCCUUUUAUCCUUGAUGAACUACCUCUUACCUAUGGCCCUGUAUCCUAAAACCUCCUUCGGAGUUUUAUGUCCCCUUCCUAUACAAAUUGUACAUAAAUUUAUAUUUAAGAUGAUUCUAUCCAUCAAAGAUUUUCACUUUUUAUCUGAUUA